AUGAGAUCCACUCCUGGCAACAUGGAGAGAAUAGUCAUUUGCCUGAUGGUCAUCUUCUCUGGGACAGUGGCCCACAAGUCAAGCUUCCAAGGGCAAGAUCGCCUCUUUAUUAGACUGCGUCAACUUAUAGACAUUGUUGAUCAGCUGAAAAACUAUGUGAAUGACUUGGAUCCUGAAUUUCUGCCAGCUCCGGAAGAUGUAAAGAGACACUGUGAGCGGUCAGCUUUUUCAUGUUUUCAGAAGGUUCAACUAAAGUCAGCAAAUAAUGGAGACAAUGAAAAGAUAAUCAACAUAUUAACUAAACAGCUGAAGAGGAAACUGCCUCCCACAAAUGCAGGGAGAAGACAGAAACAUGAACUAACAUGUCCUUCUUGUGAUUCUUAUGAGAAAAAACCACCCAAGGAAUACCUAGAAAGACUGAAAUCGCUCAUCCAAAAGAUGAUUCAUCAGCAUCUGUCCUAG